AGUAUAAUGGAGAACCCCUCCUCCAAAAUCCCCCCUCCGGCAUCAGCCCUCUCCAAAGCCCCAACCCUGAGCCCCCGCCGCGGAGUCCUAAAAGACGGCACACCCGUCACACUGUACCCGAUUGCACACGGGGCCUCGAGCAUCCCAUCGGACCUGGUGGCGGUGCUCGCUGACGAAUUCCGCGCGGAGGUCGAGGGCGGGUGCACGUAUCCGAUGGAGGAGCCGAUGAGCGAGGACAAGUUCGCCGACUACUGGUUUGGGACGUUUGCGGUUGUGGCCCUGACGGGGGAGGAGGAGGAGAUUAGGGAGGGGAGGGAUUGGAAGAAGGAGUGUUUGGGGACGUUUUAUAUUAAGCCGAAUUAUCCUGCAGGCCGGUGCUCGCAUGUCUGCAAUGCGGGAUUCUUGACUACCAGUGCGGCGAGAGGUCGUGGGGUAGGCAUAGUUAUGGGAGAGGCAUAUCUGGAGUAUGCGCCCAAGCUGGGGUACAAAUAUUCGGUCUUCAACCUCGUGUUCGAGAAUAAUGUCGCCUCCGUCAAGAUCUGGAAGAGACUUGGUUUUGAAGUCAUCGGGCGAGUGCCCAGGGCUGCACGGUUAGAAAAUAGCGAAGACUUGGUGGAUGCAUUGAUCUUUGGAAGGAAGCUGGGGGAAUAG